CCCAGAAAACUACUUUUCUAAUUUCUAAAUAAUUGCAAAAGUGCAAGCUCCAGAAGACCCGAACUGCCGAAGCCAUUUUCCUGGCAUUGACACACAUCCCGAUAGACCAGUCCUGCUCGACUAAACGGCACAGACACUCACGGUCGGUGGCCUUAGUGAUAGUGUUGGUGCUUUGCUAGGGCACUUCAGUAUUAUAUCGGCGUUUUUGAGCUUUUCGUCAGGCGACCAAGCGUCAUGUCCGGUAUGGAAUGGAGGUAUUGGCCAGCUUCCAUCCUCCCGGUUGUGUGCGUUUUGAUUGCCACCAUGCAGCAAUUACAGACGUGCUCCGCGCAGGUGGUUCACAUUGAAGACGUCGUGAACGCAACGAUACGUCUAGGAUGCUAUAACAACACGGCGAAGGAUGACCUCGCUGUUGGCACUGCAAGCCAGUUUCACUGGUCCUCGAACAGGCUGCCGUCAAACCAGGACCUGCAGAGCGGAUCUUCUCCCUUCUACUCCUACAAAGUAAAAGAGCAGGAUGAUGGCCUGCAGAUUACCUGCGUGAUAGACAUCACCAGUUCCUUGUUCAAUGAACGCCUCAAAGACCACCCGGAGCUUAUCAGUGUACGGCCUCCCACGUACCGAGUAGCAGUGCUUGUGCCGCUGUUUUACAACCCAUCACUUGCUCCGAACCCGACUCCAGAGCCGUGCUCGCUGGUGACUUGUCCGUAUAGCGGGUCAGGCGUGACAACGACGUUUACGAUGAAUACCACAGGGCCUUUCGACUGCGAAGGGAAUUGUUUCUCGUGCAAUUCUUCCUGCAAAAACAUUGGAGUGACUCCGGCAGAGGAGAACAUGUGCUUCUCUGCCAGGGAUGUUGACUGCUUCACACCGGUUGCAGGGGAAAGUAACAAGGUGAUCAUAAAGCGUGAUUGCUACGGCUGUUUGCGUUGUGAUGCGUCAAACACGGUCAAGGGGAUCACAAGAAGAGAAAAAUUCAGCUUUAACCUGAAUCGUCCCACAGCCAGUGCGUGUGGUCCGUGCAACGCAGCCUAUGACGGUGGUGCGUAUCGGCCAGACUCCAACACACCUCUCGUCGUUUCUCCAUCGGCAAACGCCACUCUUGGCAUAGAUACCCUGACGAUCUCGUUCCUCUUCCAAAGCAAGUAUGCAGUGAGUAUCCGAGUCUACAAUGGAUCAGACGGCCGACGGCUUUACUUCAGUAAUCCCGGGGACAGCAUGGACUUCAGGACAUCACUGGAGCUGCUUUCAUUUGAAGACUGCAGAUUCAAGUACACACUGACAAUGAGAAGGCCCCAGGUUUGGGUUAGCCAUAUAUGGGCAUUUCUGUUCAGAUGGCAAUCUGAUACUGAUACGGUGACGCCUGCACCCAUCCGACAGCUAUGGCAGAACGUCAGCAUAUCGCUUACUGAGCGCAAGUGUGACAACAACGAGAAGAACUGUCCCAAUGGCCAGUGUGUCUUGGACUGGAGCAAUCAUCCCAGUUGCGUCUGUCCUUAUCACGUAUAUGGUACAACAUGCCAGCUCUCAUGUCCGAAGUCCAAUGGAGCAACUACUCCGCUUGUUGACGCAGAGAUCAUCAUCCCAGUUGGUUGCUACACUGUUGUGGUGCUGGUGUGUCCCUUAGCUGUGACCAAUACAGGCCUACUGUAUUCUUGGCGGCAGAAUGGACAACUUAAACUUAAAGGCCCUAGCACCUUCACAGUGGCGUCGGAUUCCAUAGGGCGUGAUCGGGCUGGUAAUUACUCCUGUUACUUGGCUAGCAACAACACCUACCUGGGAAGCGUCCUCGUCUAUAUUGCAGAUAACCCUGUCUUAGUUAACCGACUUACCAAUAACACCGAGUAUCACGUCAGGAAUGAGUCGCAGACCGAUGUAGUGGAGCUGGCGGUGAACGUUUCUGGCACGUACAACGCAUCCAGCGUCCAGUACAGCUGGAUGGCUGUCGACAAGGAUGGCGGUCUGUGCAAUGGAUCCCUCGAUCUAUGCAUUGUAGAUCGGACGAAUCCUCUGCUUCAGAUCCUCUUCUUGCCAUGUUGUUCUGGCAGCUUUAGAGGCUGCGCAACAAAUGAUUAUGGAAAGACGUGCACUGAUGUACGGGUGAGGAUCGAUAGCAGUCAAGAUGACUGCCCCAUUAGACCACAAUUUACCGGAUUCAGCAAUGGGACUGUCAACUUCAUCGGUUCUCCCUACACCAGGAUCAUCUGGACCAAGGCUGAUGACCCUGAAGUCACAGCGACAACAGACAGCAGAAGCAUCAGCACAUCUUGCUGCUGCCACACGGCACAGCUGACUGACGUUCCGACGGGCACGUACAUUGCGUGUUUUCAGCCUUCUUCAGAUAAUGACACGAACACAGUCUGCUACCCACAGCCAAUUCCCUAUGAGCAGACGCCCCAAAGCUCUAACACCACAUUUCGUAUUGCAAUCGGUGCCAGUUUGGGUGGAUUGGCGCUUAUUCUCUGUUCCCUCCUGUUCUACAUCUGCUGGCGGUAUCAAAAGAGCGAAAGGAGUCAGGAAGAUCGAGGAUCAGGAUUUUAUGCGCUUCUUCCAGAAGAUGAUGGGCCUGGUGAGCGUGUGUUUAGAAGAGACGGUGGAGUUCCACACGGGCAUGCUGGCCCAAUAAACGCAGAUCUUCGUGAUAUUCGUGCAGAAAGUGACGCUGUUCCGAUAAGUGAAAUGGCAGAAGGUGCAGCAGCAGGCAAUUCAACACUGGUCUCACCGACAAGUGCGAGAAGUGAUAGCUCCACUGCGUUUUUCACUCCACGUGGGCAACCACCGGAUGAUGAACAGCAGGGACCUUCUCCUGGCCACAACACAGUUGAAUCGUCCGCUGACUCUGCUGGACAACGCCUCUCACCUCCUCCUCUCAGCAACCCGAAUGACAACCAUGGACAAGGUGAAGCUCUGGUGACAGCCGUCCAAGACAGCGCUCUUCCUGCAAUGAACCCAGUGGAAUCAGGAGUGAGAAACAACCAGCAAUUGCAGGAGCGGCUUCAAGAGACCGAGGAGAGUGGUGCUACGGUGGUUGCGCAACCGGAAGAGGAUGACCAUGAUGUUCGCAUCGCAUAUGGAAACGCCGUGUUCGAUGGUGCUGCCACUGCUGACCCCACCAGGUCAUUACAAGCAGGUCCUGAAAACAAUAAAUACCCAGUACCGCAACUCAGCCACUCAGGCAACUAUGCAGCCCAUGCCGGCAAUGCCAGAAACACCGCCAAUGUAGACAUCAACGCUGUAGGUGCACGGUCUAACUAUCCGGAAUUGCCGCCUUCCUACACGACUGCUACUGCUGCUGCUGCUGCUGAGGCCGAAGCCAAAGCUGUUGCCGCUGCUGCCACUGCUGCUGCAGCCGCUGCUACCGCUACUGCUGCUGCUGCUGCUGCUGCUACCGCUAACGUUACUGCUGCUGCUGCUGCUGCUGUGUCCCCUACUGGUGCGCAGUCUUAUAAUAUAAAUACUUCUUCGGGUGGCGAUGAAAUGAAGACACUGAGAGAGAACACUGCUGCUAGCCCUAUGCACACUCAGCCCAACAUCCAAGAUCGGAGCAAGCGCGUCAGUACACAGGAUCCGAUGCGAUCGAUAAGGCAGACUCGUGAUGAUGACCCUAACACCAUUCAGCCCGAUGAACGCGACAGCAGUCUGCCCUAUGAUGUUAAUGACACCAUGGAUAAAGCUCCUCAUGGGAGAACCGGUCCUCGCAAUGUGGACUAGGAGGUGACAUUGUACAGUGGGAGGUGACAUCAUACAUUGGGAGGUGACAUCGUACAGUGGGAGGUGACAUCGUACAGUGGGAGGUGACAUCGUACAGUGGGAGGUGACAUCGUACAGUGGGAGGUGACAUCGUACAGUAAUGACUUGACUGCACACACGGAGGAUUCUGACCCAUCUCUAUCAAAUUGAGAACGUGCGUAUUGACUAAGUCAGCAAGUCAGCUGACCUUCCAGCGCCGGCGACUGUGAAGGAAGAAGGGGAGAGGGAUCGUUCCUUGCUGCUUGAGAAUUUGAUCCAAACUUUAAAGAUUCGGUAAAUUGGAAAACUUGAACCAAUUUUGCUUGAUAAUAUGAUUUGCACAAAUGUACUUCAGGAAGUACUAUGCAGACUAACACUAAAGCUAAUAGAGACAUUGAAAUUCACCUGUUGCUGCUAGGGAAAACAAUGAAUUAUACUUUUGAUGAUUUUGCAAUAUUUUUUUAUGUUCCCUGAAUUUAGGCAAGCUGAUCUCGGCUAAUGUGUUACUUUGUUGAUAGAUAUUGAUGUAUUAUUCGCUCUAUUGAGUUAUAUUUGAGUUGUGCUCUUUACUUCAAUUCCUAUUGUUGCGGAAUUUCCCCUGCUUUAAUUAAAGAUGUUUUAAACAUUA